UGUUGGAGCAUCUUGCUCAUGUGUGCUUAUGUUGCAUUUUUCACAUUAAAUUGUCAUGAUAAUAGCGCACAGGUGGUACGGGCCAGCAAAGUUUUCUGAUCUGACCAACACCUCUGAGCUAAUUUCUCACGUUUGUUCCACUAAUAACUUGCACUUUAUUGUUUUCAUUUGGUUGUGCUGCUUCCAGUUUGUAUGCAAAUAUCAGGUUCAUUCCCCCCCCCCCCCCCUCCAAUCAGAUUUGUUGCUACGUCAAUCUCAUUCGGCCCGAGGCCCUCACAGUUAACGCGUGAACUGGAACCGAUCGCGUUCGCAGUGGCCCAUCUUGACUUUUGGUUGAAAAAUACCGACCGCAGAAACUGGACGACCUGAUCUCACACAAAGACAUUCUCAGCACCAUCCAAAAGUUCAUCAACGAGGGCCGCCUGCCGCACCUGCUCUUCUACGGGCCGCCCGGAACCGGCAAGACUUCCACCAUCUUGGCCUGUGCCAAGCAGCUGUACAAGGACAAGGAGUUCAACUCGAUGGUUCUGGAGCUCAACGCGUCUGACGACCGAGGCAUCGAUGUCGUGCGGGGGCCCGUCCUGAGCUUUUCCAGCACCAGAACCAUCUUCAAGAAAGGCUUCAAGUUGGUGAUACUGGACGAGGCCGACGCCAUGACCCAGGACGCCCAGAAUGCAUUGCGGCGAGUGAUGGAGAAAUACACGGAGAACACUCGCUUCUGCCUGAUCUGCAACUACCUGUCCAAAAUCAUCCCGGCGCUGCAGUCCCGCUGCACCCGCUUCCGCUUCGGACCGCUGUCGCCGGACCAGAUGGUACCCAGGCUGCGCCACGUCAUCCAGCAGGAGAGCGUCGACGUAACUCCGGACGGGAUGAAGGCGCUGGUGACGUUGUCGGCGGGCGACAUGCGAAGAUCGCUCAACAUCCUGCAGAGCACCAGCAUGGCGUACGAGCGCGUGAGCGAGGACACGGUGUACGCGUGCACGGGGCACCCGCUGCGCUCCGACAUCGCCAACAUCCUCGAUUGGUCGCUCAAUAAGGACUUCAACACUGCCUACAAGCAAAUCUUGGAGCUGAAGACGUUGAAAGGUUUGGCGCUGCAAGACAUCCUGACCGAAGUGCACCUGCUCAUCCACAGAGUGGACUUCCCGUCCUCGGUCCGGAUGGGUCUGCUCAUCAAGCUGGCCGACAUCGAGCACCGGCUGGCGUCGGGGACCAACGAGAAGAUCCAGCUGAGCUCCAUGGUGGCGGCGUUCCAGGCCGUCCGCAACCUGGCGGCCGGCGAGGCCCGGUGACGCCGCGCGAUCGUGGCCGGGACAAAUAAACAAACGCCGACCAAA